CAGAUGUCCGACGAUGACCGUAUGUCCCUGACGACGGCUGUGAGCGAGGACGAGGAUGGUGAGAGUGUCCACAACUCUCCCUACAAGGCCCCACGAGCCGGCACCACCGCCGCCUCCUUCAACUGCACUGGCGCCGUCAGGAAGGCUGGGUUCCUGAGUGUCAAGAAAUGGCUACUGAGGAAGAAGCACCAGAUCGAGCUAGCGAGGAAGCGCGGGUGGAAGGGUUACUGGGUGUGCUUGAAGGGCACCACGCUGCUCUUCUACCCGUGUGACUCGCGGGAAGGACGCUCGGUCGAGGCCGCUCCUAAACACCUGAUCAUUGUAGACGGCGCCAUUAUGCAGCCUAUCCCGGAGCACCCCAAGAGGGACUACAUCUUCUGCCUGUCUACUGCCUUCGGGGACGCUUAUCUCUUCCAGGCCCCAUGCCAGGUGGAGCUAGAGAACUGGGUAAACAGCAUCCACAGCGCAUGUGCAGCUGCCUUCGCGCGCCACCGAGGCAAGACAGGCACGCUCCACCUCCUCCAGGAAGAGAUCUUCAGAAUCGACCGCGCCAUCGAGUCGGAUUCAAAGCUGAAGCACAUGGCAGAGCUGCAGCUGUCAGUGGUGUCAGAUGCUGAGAGCAAGCAACAGAUCAUGGGUCAGAUCAUGCAGUGGGAAGAAAACCUGGAGCGACUACACUGUGAGCAGUUCCGUCUCCGCUGUUACAUGGCUUCACUACAGACUGGCGAGCUCCCCAAUCCAAAGGGCUUACUGACCCAUGUGUCGCGCACCACCAAAACAGUUCUCAACCGUCUUGGAGUAUUUACUGUUAGCAGCUUCCAUGCUUACAUUUGCGCCAGAAGUCCUUCCCUCCUCAAUAAUCUCCUUGCAGGUAGAGGAGCAACCAAACGCAGGGCUCCAAUGCUUUCACGCAGCAAUAGUGUCUCAUCUCGGCGGUCGCUACAGAUGCAGCAGCAGCUCGAAGGUGAAAAGCAGUACAAGGUUAACCUCCCAGAUAAUCAGACGGUGAGCAUCAGCUUAAAGGACUCCAUGAGUGUGGAGGAGUUCUUGGUGGCAGCUUGUGGACGGAAGAACCUCAACCCAAUGGAGCAUUUUGUUCGAGUAAAAAAACGGCGAGAACUGGAGGAGACCAACUACUUUGUUCCACAUCGAACUGACCUCAUAGAGAACUAUUUGGCAACCCAUGAAGUAGUGGAGAUCUGUGGCAAGAUUUUGUACCAGGUGGAGUUGUCUCGUUCUUCAUUAGACCAUAUGUGGGGUUUCAGUGUGGAGGCUGAACUCAUAGAGAACUCAGAGCGGCAAGAUGAACUCUGCUGCUACAUCUCUAGAGUGGAAGAUCGCUCUACCGCCAUGCAGAAUGGAAUCAUAAAAGGAGACGAGAUCAUGGUUAUCAACGGAGCCAUUGUCAGUGACCUUGACAUGAUGUAUAUUGAAAGUGUUCUGCAGGAGGAGCUGGCUCUCUGUCUCAUGAUGAGGUCAUCAAGGACAGAGCCACCAGAUCUGGCCUCACUAAUGAAGACAACAGAUGAGAUCAUUGAGUCCUUGGUGUGUCCCCCUCCACCCAGUGAGAUGUCGCUAAAUGAGGAGAUGAUAUCAAGGAUGAUUGUCCCAGCACCGUCUUGGAGCAAGUCCAUAGUUUCUGGCAAGGAGCCAGCAAGUCCAGAUGGAUUUCCUCCACCUCCCUCCGACACCUCAGAGCGAUCUAAUGUUUCAUCCCUGGAAAUUGAGAGUUACCUAAAGAGUUCAGAUCUGAGCGGGUGUUGCCGAUCGCCGGUGGAGCGACGGUCCAGCCCAACGGGGUCCAUCACCUCCACCCAGAGUCAGUCCCAGCUCACCCCUUCCCGCCAACUGAGUGAUGGCGAGAGACUCAAGAAGGUCAUCCUCGAACUAGUCGACACCGAGAAGACCUACGUCAAGCACCUGAACAACCUGCUGGAGAACUACCUGGAGCCGCUAAAGAGUGCGUCCUUCCUGAGCUCGGCGGAGGUGAACGCGCUCUUCGGCAACAUCCGGGAGAUCGUGGCCUUCCAGAGGCUGUUCCUCCAGGCGCUACAGGAAGCCCUCGACAUGGAGCCUGGCUUCCCUGCCUUCGAUCAGCCCUAUGAGUUUAAGAAUGUGUUGUUCUCUAUCGGCAGCGCCUUCCUCUACUACGCCAGUCAGUUUAAACUCUACAGCUCCUUCUGCGCCUCUCAUUCUAAAGCUCAAAAAGUCUUACAUCCCAGUGAGGGUAACCAGGAGCUGAAGGAGUUCCUCUCGUCACGUAAUCCCCGUCAACAGCACUCUGCAACCCUCGAGUCCUACUUGAUCAAGCCCAUCCAGCGUAUCCUCAAGUAUCCGCUCCUCCUCCAGCAGCUCAAGGCCCUCACCACGCCUGGCUCAGAUGAGCACAGACAUCUCGUGGAGGCCCUCAAAGUAAUGGAGAAGGUAGCGGAGCAUAUCAACGAAAUGCAACGGAUCCAUGAGGAAUAUGGCGCAAUAUUUGACCAUUUAUUCCGUCAACAUCAAAAGUCUUGCAAACAAGAACCUAGGAUCUCACGUGAUCCACACCUCCCACAGCCAGUCGACCUAUCGCCGGGGGAUCUACUCUACUACGGAGGAGUUGAAUGGCUCAAUAUCUCAGACUUCUUAGGAAAAAUAAAGAAAGGAUUAGAACUCCAUGCCAUGUGCUUCGUAUUUAAAACAGCUGUUGUCUUCCUUUGCAAAGAAAGAUUAAGACAAAAGAAAAAGCUGAUGGUUAGUGGUGUUGGAGCUCCAGGGAAGAAUAGUUCAUCCGAAGUUGAGAUUAUUAGGUACCAGGUGUUGAUUCCUGUGACGGAGGUUCAGGUCCGGGCCUCUGCUAUGAAGGAUAUGGACUCUCACUUCCUCUGGGAACUAAUUCAUCUCAAGAGUCAACUUCAGCGACGGUCAGAAAAGGUUUACCAUCUAUCUAAUAGCACCUCUGAGUUCCGCAACGCAUUCCUGAAAACCAUCCGACAGAUCAUACGUGAGUCCGUACGAAACAUGAACAUCCCUGCCAACAAGCCGUCGUCGUCGUCUUCAAGUCUCUCCAGCAAGGGGAACACCAACACCCUACAACCCUCCCGCUCAGCACCUAAGAAAAAGUCACCGAUAGUUCAGUCGGCCACCCUGCAACGACAUUCGGCAGGUAACAUAGACUAUGACAACCUGGAGAGCUACGACAAUGUGCCUGAGACGCAGCUUGGGCAUGACCAGAACAACUUCCGUACACGUAGCAAGACCGUGUCGGACGGCAUGGACGAACUCAGUGACUCCACCACCAAGAGCGAUGGCGGAAAGGACGAAUUGGGAACGCGAUCGGAGGGUGAGGAGGAGGUCAUAGACAAGAAAAAGGCGACCCUUGGCCGGACCCCCAACCACCUCUCGCUGUCCACCACCUCGACGCUCUCUACGGGCUCCACUGGCUCCAUGGCCAAACUUAUCCAGGCCUCCAACCAGCCAGCCCAGUAUCAGCCAACCAGGAGCAUUGGUUCCCCAGUGUGGAAGCCUCGUGAUGUCUUUGCCUCAGCUGGUGGCAGCUCUGGCGGGGGAGGAGGUGCUGGCCAGCGAGGAGAAUCAUUAACACUUCCUCGUCCAGGAAAGGCCAGCGGCCGUGAGGACCACUUCCUGGUGUAUGAGGAGUAUGGCGGCAACAUCUACAUGAGUAGCAAAAAGGACACAGACAACGCUCUCUAUCAGACUCACAGCCACAGUUGUAGGAGUACAAAGGAUAGCCUCUUUAGACCCCAAAUACCACGUUUAGAAAAUGAUGGAAUAGAGAAUGGAAGCAGUGCAGCUGUAGCUAAAACAACGGGAGUACCCAUCCCCAUUACAUCAAACAAUGGCUUCAGACUUAACAGCUUAGGCAGCACAACUCACCAGUUCCCUGCCCCUCACGUAACUGUCUACACUAAUGGUCAUCUACAUGGAGCUAUUCACCGCUCAUACCACAGUGCCCUUAGACCUACUUCCAUGAACGGCAGCCCUUUCCAUCUGCCUCCCAUAGGAGUAGGAUUCUAUGGGGGUCAUCAAGAAGUUCAUGUGGGAAUAGUGAGGAGCUCCCCAUGGCCAGGGUUCCCUUAUACUGAAAACAAGUCCAGCCAAACAGGAGAGGACAUAGAGAGUGUCCUUGGUGGAGGCAUGACCAUAGACAGUCUCCUGCAACAAUUGAGGGCACUUUCAUAAUGAUAUCCAAUGCCCAUCAAUUAUUGGUCCAAAGAAUCGUGCACAACUAGAUCGACUCUUCACAUAAAAUGAUUCACUUCUACAAUGAAUCACUAUGCUCGUUCCACAUCCAGGACUUCUUUACCACACUGCUUGGUGGCCUACCAUCACAUGCCAAAGACUUCCUUUAUAUGAUGGCAUUUAUAAAUAUAAUACAGUUUGCACCCAAAUAAGCCAUUAUGUAUCCAGUGAAGAAUUUUUCUAAGAUUUGUAUCAGUUCUUAAUGAUUUACUAUACAGGUAUCCCUCGAUAUACGAAUGGGUUAGGUAAAAAGAAUUCGUUAAGUGUAUUUUCAUAUCUCAAAUAACAAUAAAUGGGUAAAAUAGGGUUCGGUUCCUCAAUGAUAAAAGCACCCCAAUAUUAUACCCAAAAACACAAAAUCGGUUCACAAAAAAAACCCUACUAAACUAAAGAUAAAUAGUACACAACUACUGUAAUUUACUACCUAACACAUUAAAAAACAUUAAUAAAAUACUGUACUAUCUAGAAGAAAAUAUGAAACUAAAACUAUUAAGUUAGAAAUAAAUCAAUGUUUAACAUAAUCGUCAGGGGUGCCACUUGCAUAGACACUGGCUGCUUCAUGCAUGGCCGCCCUCAAGCGUCGCCACAGCAACUCAGCCCGGCCACCUCUGCCACCCUUAACAACACUUUCCCCGCUCUCACACGCAAAGCAAUGUUUAUUCCCUUAUUUUUUUGACCUUAUGAUAGUUAUUUCUUUUACUUUUUUUGCACAUUAUGUAUGUUGGAUUGUGUGUGCAUGUAACCGAGUUAAAAAAAGAAGUUAAGAAAGUUAAGUUUAUCUAUCCAAAACUACAAGUUGAAAAAUAAACAUAACAUAAUUCCCCCAGCUCAUCCUGCUAACUAUCCCUGGUGCAAAAAUUAAAAAAAUUUUCCUUUUAUGUUUUUGACAUUAUAAUUUUUUUUUGCACAUUCUGUAUGCAGGAUUGUGUGUGCAUGUAACUAAAUGGAAAACAAAACUGAAGUUAUGUUUAUGGUUUAUGCCCAAAAUUAUGAGUUGAAAAAUAAUCACAACAUAACUCCUACCUCAGCCCGGUAAGGGGAGCACUAGGGGGAUGUGGAUGCCCCAGCUGACUCCUGGGGGAACACGAUUUUAAUUUUUGUAAUUUAGGAAAUUUGCAUUAGCGAAUUUUCAUAUCGAACAUUCAUAUAGUGAUGGAUACCUGUACUCAUGCUUUCUGCUCAAGUGCAAUACAUUUGUUAUAUGUAUUGCAAAACAAGUUCUUGUGUGGGUGAGACUGAAGAUUUGUAAAUAUUAUUCAAAUGAGACCGAUGUCAUUAAAAUCCUCAGUGCUACCUACAAAUUUGCUUUUGUUAUUCUACUGUAACAUCUGGGCAUUUUCCAUGCAGGAGGUAACACAAAGACUUACACAGCCAUCUAGUCUUCAUGACUUUAGUAUUUAAGCACUGUACAAUAACUUUUACUAUGCCCACACUAUGUUUAAAACUAAUCAUGUAAAAUGUUCUUGCUUCUGUCAUUUUUGGCAAUUUUUCUAUUGCAUUAAUAUUAUUAUGAGUACUGUAAUUCAUAUUCAUAUUUAAAGAAUAUUGACGAUAAUGACUUUUUUAAACUCCCAGUCUUUCAUUAUAUAGAUUGUGAUGUGACAAUUAUGCAUACUCAGAAAAUAAAAUAUCUGAGAAAGAAACUGUGCUUUGUAUAUUUCCCCAAUAUUUAAGACAAAAUUCCAUUGUUAUAUGAAAUAUUAGUUUUCACACAAAUUUAGGUUUUAUUUCUUUAUAAGAACUGUAAGUGUCAGAGGGUCAGACACCAACCUCACACAUUUAUGCUUGUACAUUCUAUAAAAUUUCCAUUA